AUGAGUGAACUUCUUAUACAAUUUAGUAGGUAUUUAGAUUUAAAGUGUUGCUUUACACUAUUUCAUAUAUCCUGCGGAAACAUUUACAAAGGUCUUGCUCAAGUAGGAGCAUGGGGUUGUUUCGAUGAAUUCAACCGAAUUUCGGUGGAGGUACUUUCGGUGGUGGCUGUGCAAGUGAAAUCAGUUUUAGACGGAGUGAAAAGCCGCAAACCGAUAUUUUUGUUCUUCGGAGAAGAACUGAAUCUCGUCCCCACUGUUGGAAUGUUCAUCACUAUGAAUCCUGGCUAUGCGGGAAGGACGGAAUUGCCCGAAAAUUUGAAAACUUUAUUCAGGCCUUGCGCCAUGGUAGUUCCAGAUUUUGACUUAAUUUGCGAAAUAAUGCUGGUAGCGGAAGGCUUCCAAGAAGCUAGAUUACUAGCAAGAAAAUUCAUAACGCUGUAUCAGCUUUGUCGAGAACUUUUGUCGAAGCAAGAUCACUAUGAUUGGGGUCUACGGGCGAUUAAGUCGGUUUUAGUGGUUGCAGGGAAAUUAAAGAGAGACGAUCCCGGGAGAGCUGAAGAUCAGGUGCUAAUGAGAGCUCUCAGAGACUUCAAUAUACCGAAAAUCGUGACCGACGAUGUUCCAGUUUUUAUGGGACUUAUUGGUGAUUUGUUUCCCGCUCUGGAUGUUCCGCGAAAAAGGGAUUUAGAUUUUGAAUCAACGGUCCGAAAAUCUACUCUGGAUCUCAAAUUACAACCAGAAGAUGGUUUUGUACUAAAAGUUGUACAGUUAGAGGAAUUGCUUCAUGUUCGUCAUUCAGUUUUCAUUGUUGGAUUUGCUGGAACUGGAAAAACGGAAGUGUGGAAAACACUUAAUCGAACGUACUUUAAUCAGCAAUUAAAGCCAUAUUAUAAUGACUUGAAUCCGAAAGCAGUGACUAAUGACGAACUAUUUGGAAUUAUCAAUCCUGCAACGCGGGAAUGGAAAGACGGAUUGUUCUCCGUGAUAAUGAGAGAUCAGGCAAACAUGACAGGAAAUGAUCCAAAAUGGAUCAUUUUUGACGGCGAUAUAGAUCCGAUGUGGAUCGAGUCAUUAAACACUGUCAUGGAUGACAACAAAGUGUUAACUUUGGCUAGCAACGAAAGAAUCGCUUUAACAGAACACAUGAGGCUUCUCUUCGAAAUUUCAAAUCUUAGGACAGCAACGCCAGCUACUGUUUCUAGGGCAGGAAUUCUUUAUAUAAAUCCACAAGAUAUUGGGUGGUAUCCAUUUGCAACCAGCUGGAUAGAAACAAGAGAUCCAGCCGAGAGAGCGAACUUAACCAUUCUGUUCGAUAAAUAUGUACCAUCCCUUGUAGAAAUGACAAAAUCUAGGUUUAAAAAAAUUACGCCAUUACCGGAAAUAUGUCACGUGGAAAUGCUUUGUAAAUUACUGGACUAUUUUCUGAUUAAGGAAAAUGUAACACCGGAUUGCCCAAAGGAAUGGUACGAAUUAUACUUUGCAUUUGCCUGUAUUUGGGCGUUCGGAUCAGCGACCUUUCAAGAUCAAUUGAUCGAUUGGCGAAACGAGUUCAAUAAGUGGUGGCAAAACGAAUUUAAGACUAUUAAGUUUCCUACUGGCAGCAACGUAUUUAAUUUUUUCAUCGAAAACGAAACAAAGAAGUUGGUUCCAUGGAGUGAGAAGAUACAGGCCUUUGAACUGGAUCCUGAUAUACCUCUCCAAGUUCGUUUAAACAAUUUUUCAUUAAAAAAGAAAUUCUUCAGAUAUUAAACAAAUGUUAGAAUAAGAUAAUUUAAGUCUUUAUUCUUCGACUCGUUUCCAGAACUUCAUCCUUUCUUUUUACUGAA